UUACAGAGAAAGAAAAAGAAAACGAAAAUAUCAUCAACAACCACAAUCAGCAACAACAUGAGCGACGUUGAUCGCUUGUUCGCGUGCUUCAAGUGCGGUUUAACACCUCCGAAAUCUGCUACGAGGGAAAGGAAACGAAGCAGAGGAAGAUUGGAGCAAGGGAGUUCGGAAUCUCCGGGUCCAGGAUCGGUCGGAGAAGAACUGAAAACCCCCUUAUCACGCAUCAGAAAAACCAACAUUGAAUCUUCCAUGGAGAAACUUAAAUCAGCAGUAGCCAAAAAAGCACAAAGUAUUGGUCCUGGGAAGCAAUUCUCUCCAAUAGUAUUUUAUGGAUCUCCUCAUGGUGUGCCUCCCAAAAGGCCAACACGUAUGUUAUGGCGAUUAUUACGAGAGAUAUGUCCUGAUCUCUCUCAGAAAAAGACACUGAACGUAAGAAAGGAAGUUUGGAUGACAUUCCCUAGGCAGGAUGAAGCAAUGAAAUUUUCCAAAGGGCAAACAGAUGUUCAUGUUUUCAGCUACCAAGACCACUUUAAUGGCCAAAGAAGGUUCCUCGUGUCUACUUAUACAGAAUUCUGGCGAAGGUACAAGAAUAUGAAUCCCAAAUUUCGACAUCAUUAUGAGGUUAUUCAAGAGGGUUUACCAUGUCACCUUUAUUUUGAUUUGGAGUUUAAUAAGAAAGUCAACGAAGAAAAGAAUGGAGAAGAAAUGGUUGAUCUCUUGAUAUCAAUGGUUUUCGAAGCCUUACAUGAAAAAUAUGCAAUCCAAGGAGACCACGAUUGGGUUUUAGAACUUGAUUCUUCAACUGAAGUAUUUUCAUUUGCAGAGAAGUUCUCUCGUCAUGUAUUAGUUUGCAUACCAAAGGCUGCAUUUAAGAACAACUCUCACGCAGGUGCAUUUGUUUCAGAAAUAUGCUCAAGAGUUCAAAAAGCAAGGGCGAAAGGUAAAGGUUUUGAUAAAUUGUUUGUAAGGAAAGAUUCUAGCAGCGAGGAAUCUGCAGACCAACUUUUUGUGGACACUGCAGUAUAUUCUCGGAAUCGUUGUUUCCGUCUUGUUCUCUCCUCAAAAGCAGGAAAAAGUUCAGUUCUUCUACCGACAAAGCGAUUUAAGUGCAAGGACUUGGGUGAAGAAGACAUGUUCAUGGCUUCCUUGAUAUGCAAUAUUGGUGUUGAUUGCCAAACAUAUCUGGUCUGCAAAACAGACUUAGAAUGUGUGAAAACUCUGCAUUUUGAUACAGAGGAGAGUAGUAAUGUUAAAAAUCCAUGCCAAAUUCUUCGAGAAUUUUCAAUGGAUAUUGGCACAAGUGAUCUUUCAACUACAUACUUCAUGGGAAAGUCACCAUUCCCAUUUCUGGACAAAUUUAUACUAUCUGUUGCCUCUGUCGGGAAUAUACCAGGAAACAUUCAUAGCUGGUAUUUUUUAUCGGAAUUUAGACUAAUGGUCUACAGCAUGACAAAAAAUAGAUACUGUGAGCGAAUUGGCAGACAGCAUAAAAGCAAUAAUGUGAUAUAUGUGGUUGAUCUACGAAUGGCAGUGUAUUAUCAGAAAUGUCAUGAUCCUGACUGCAGAGGUUACCGGUCUCCGUCACGACCAAUCCCAGUUCAUGUGUUCUCCAAUCCUUCAGAUGUAAUUGAUUCCUCCUUUGGGUUGUUAGAUGAUGAACAGUUAGUGGAUAAUAAGUGGAGACAUGAACUUUAUGAUAACAAAGAACAAAAUUCUCUACAAUAUGAUGACGAUGUUGAGGACAACUCUAACGAUUCCUGGUGGCGAGAAGCCAUAAGAGUUGUUGAAGAUAUGGAAAAUAGGCAAACAAAGACAGAGCUAAGCACGAUGCAGGAGGCAAUUGAUGAUGAAGAUGAGGAGUGGUGGCUGGCUGUAGAAAAUACUGCAUCCCAGGCGGAACUAGCGAGCUUUAGUCAACAAGAAUUUAGCGCCAUCUAAGUCCACUGAGUACAAAGAAUAUCUUCAGGACUUGAUAGCUGAAAACUCAGAAUCUGCUGCAAGCAACUUAUGGAUCCUGUGAACUGAUCCUCCUAAAGGAUAGAAAAUGCUCUUAAAGAGGAUUGACAGCUGAUUCCACACACGAGCUGUAUGAGUUUGACUGUAAGUUUUAAUCAUCAUUUGCUGUGUCGAUGUUAAUAAUCAAGUCAAUUCUUAACUAUUCCUAUCCAUUUCAUGACUUUCAUAACCUUAGUGAAAUAAAUCGAGUUAACACGCUAGUUUUUAU